CUCCGACCACCCGCCUCGCCGGCCGCCACCUUCCCAGUUACCGCCCCGCAGGCCGCCACCCACCGCUUCCGCCUUCCCAUUUACCACCCCGCCGCCGCAGCAAGACCGCCACAUACCUCUCCGGCCAAUACAUGCUUCAGAGAUGCCACUUACUCCGACCUGUUUCCUCCCCCCUCCUCCGCCGCCGCCCCAUCCACUCCUCCGCUCCGCCCCAAGCCAACGGCGAGGUCGGCGCCGCGACCGACACCACUCUGCUGGGCCGUCUCACUCGCCUCCUCCUCCUCCACCGCUUCCCCGCCGUCUCCCGCCUCCUCUCCUCCUCCCCGCUCACACACGCACUCCUCCACGCGGCCCUCCGCCGCGUCCGCCUCGACCCGGACGCCGCCCUCCACCUCUUCCGCCUUGCUCCGUACCGCCCCUCCCUCCUCGCUCACGCCCAGCUACUCCACAUCCUCGCCCACGCCCGCCGCCUGCCCGCCGCGCGCGCCCUCGUCGCCUCGCUCCUCUCCGCCCGCUCCAGCUCGGCAGCCCCGUCCCUCUUCCCCCACCUCACCGAGGUGUACAAAGACUUCUCUUUCUCAGCCGCCUCCUUCGACCUGCUCCUCCGAGCCCACGCAGACGCUGGCCAGCUCACCGACGCCCUCCACGUGUUCGAUGAAAUGGGGAGGUUUGGGUGCCGUCGCACCCUGCGAUCCUGCAACCGCCUGCUCAACCAGCUUGUACAGGCUGGGGAUGUGGGCACUGCGGUGGCUGUGUUUGAGCAGAUGCGGUGUGAUGGCACACUGCCGGACGAGUUCACGGUGGCCAUCAUGGCAAAGGCGUACUGCAGGGAUGGGAGGGUGACACAGGCAGUGGAUUUCGUGCAGGACAUGGAGAGGAUGGGUGUGGAGGUGAACCUGGUGGCAUAUCAUGCGCUGAUGGAUGGGUAUUGCGGAGUAGGACAGAUUGAGGCUGCGAGAAGGGUUUUGCUGUCACUGGAGUCUAAGGGCCUGUCACCGAAUGUGGUGACAUAUACCUUACUUGUAAAGGGUUACUGUAAGGAGGGGAGGGUGGAGGAGGCUGAGAGGGUGGUUAGGGAUAUGAAAGAAAAUGAGAAGAUCGUGGUUGACGAGGUAGCCUAUGGUGCAGUGAUCAAUGGCUAUUGCCAAAGGGGAAGAAUGGAAGAUGCCAACAGGGUAAGAGCCGAGAUGAUUGAUGUCGGACUGCAGGUUAAUUUGUUUGUGUACAACACACUGAUCAAUGGAUAUUGCAAGUUGGGGAGGAUGGUUGAAGUAGAGAAACUUUUACAGGAAAUGGAGGAUAGAGGGGUGAGUCUGGAUAAAUACAGUUACAAUACUCUAGUAGAUGGGUAUUGCAGACAGGGUUCCAUGAAAAAGGCAUUUGAAACCUGUGAUAUGAUGGUAAGGAAUGGGUUCGCAGGGACAACACUUACUUAUAAUAUGCUGUUGAAUGGUUUUUGUUCGUGUGGUGCUAUUGAUGAUGCACUUAAAUUGUGGUUCUUGAUGUUGAAGAGGGGAGUAGUGCCUAAUGAAAUUAGCUGUAGCACACUGCUGGAUGGUUUCUUCAAGGCAGGUAAAACCGAGAAGGCCUUGAACCUUUGGAAGGAAACCUUAGCAAGGGGUUUGGGAAGAAACGUGGUUACAAUUAACACAGUUAUCAAUGGGCUGUGUAAGAUUAGGAGGAUGGUUGAAGCAGAGGAGCUAUUUGGUAGGAUGACGGAAUGGAGAUGUCCUGCUGACAGCUUGACUUACAGAACACUAAUUGAUGGUUACUGUAAAAUAGGUGACCUGGAUAGAGCUACUCAAAUUCGGGUUGACAUGGAACAUUUAGGCUUUGCUCCUUCAGUUGAAAUGUUCAAUUCUUUCAUAACCGGAUUCUUUGUAGCUAAGCAAAGUGGCAAGAUCAAUGAUAUCGUUGUUGAAAUGACUGCAAAGGGACUUUCUCCUAAUACAGUCACUUAUGGAGCCCUGAUAGCUGGAUGGUGUAAAGAGGGCAAUCUGCAUGAUGCCUAUAAUUUAUAUUUUGAAAUGGUCGAGAAAGGUCUGGCUCCAAAUCUCUUCAUCUGCAGUGCUUUAGUGAGCUGUUUCUAUAGACAGGGAAAGGUUGAUGAGGCAAAUUUGGUGUUGCAAGAACUUGUGGGUACUGACAUGAUUCCAGACUGCAGUGCAAACACGCUUGAUAUUGGUAAAGUAGCACAUGUCAUUGAAUCUGUUGCUGGUGGAAAUCAUCAGUCUGCAAAAAUUAUGUGGAACAUUGUUAUUUUUGGGCUGUGCAAAUUGGGUAGAGUAUCAGAUGCUAGAAAUUUGUUUGAGGAUCUGAAAGUAAAGGGAUUCGUUCCUGAUAACUACACUUAUUCUAGCCUCAUUCAUGGUUGCUCUGCCUCAGGUUUUGUCAAUGUAGCUUUUGGCCUGAGGGAUGCGAUGUUGGGCGUCGGUCUUACUCCAAAUAUUGUAACAUACAAUUCUCUCAUCUAUGGCCUCUGCCAGUCUGGGAAUGUUCAAAGGGCAGUUAGUCUUUUCAGUAAGUUGCAAUCAAAGGGUAUGUCCCCUAAUGCUAUCACCUAUAAUACCCUGAUUGAUGGACAUUGCAAGGAUGGUAAUAUAACUGAAGCCUUCAAGUUAAAACAAAAGAUGAUCGAGCAAGGUAUUCGGCCUAAUGUAUUCACCUAUUCUAUACUGAUCCAUGGUCUCUGUACUCAAGGGUAUAUGGAAGAAGCAAUCAAGCUUCUGGAUCAAAUGAUUGAGAAUAAUGUGGAUCCAAAUUAUGUUACAUAUUGGACACUGAUUCAAGGUUAUGUUCGGUGUGGUAAUAUGAAAGAGAUCUCCAAGCUUUACAAUGAGAUGCAUAUCCGUGGACUUCUGCCUGCCAAUGGUACUGGACAUGUAAAACAUGCAGAUCCUGUUGUAAUUUGUAAACAGCCAGAAUGUAAAUAUGGACAGUGCUAACUUUUUGUUUGUGUAUAUAUACUUUUCAUUACUUGGAAGAUGUUGGUCAGUUAUGGCUUGCAUGAGAAAGCAAAUCACAAGGCUCCACCUCAACUUUUCAAUGAAUCGAUAAGUUAUCAUUACCUCAUUUUCUUGUAUAAAUUUAGUCUGAUCUGUUUUUCUCCUGCUUAUUUUUAUUUCACGUAUUAGUCUACUUAGUGUUAGGGAUCAUGUUUCACAAACCAGCUUUUUUUACAGUCAGAAGCUUCAAAGGUCUAGGUGAAUGCACUGGAAGAAAACGUUCCGCUUUCUGCAUCACACAUUAUCCUUUUUGUCCUACAAUCGAGGGAGUACUCAUGCAAUCCAUGAUCAUCUUUGGAUCGAUUUUAUUAGGUCACUGUCUCGAGAGGUUUUAAAGGUGGUGGAUAUCAUGCAAACUUCUCCAGUCAAGAAGAGGAUGAAGGCACACUUUUUUGUAUCAUCAUUCAGAGCUUCAAAGUGGCACUCUUGGGUGAUAGUCUUUCAUAUAGAUGAAAGGUAGAAUAUAAAUUAUUUUGUUGGGUUUAAGUGUUCUUUUCACGUUCACAAGUGUAUUUGGAUGUGCCUUUGAGUUGUUGUCUAUUUAAUCAACAAACCAGGUGUUAUUGUUGUUUGUAUCUGCACCGUAGGAUUGCUAGGAAUAUGAGGAUCCAAAACUCGUUAGAUAGUAUUAAUGAUUUUGUUAGUUCUACCAGUCGAUGCUGAGUUGCUGACCUUCAAAUAUGUUAUUCAUGGCUUGUCUACUUAUGCUAUUGUUAGAAAAAAUGGAUAACCUGGGGCAUGUUUUAUUUUAUCUCUCUAACAACAAUUGCUUUGGUGAAGAAAUUUUCAAUGCAUAUAGGUAACAUGCCAUGUACGGUGUACCCUUCUUGCUCUUUAUCUGGCUUUUCAAGGUGCCAAAUAUCACAUUUGUGGCACAUGUUUUCUGUCUUUUGUAGGUGCAAAUAGUUCAAUAGAUAAAUCAUGGUCAAGAAGUGUAUGUCUUAGAUUAUAGAGCCUCCAUUAUAUGCUGCACAUAAUCCUGAUUUAUGGUCAAGUGCACUAAAAUUAAAUGAACAUCAUGCAAUGCUCUUCAUUCCGCUCACCAUAGCAUGAGCAUAACAUGUAGAACUAUGCCUUAAGAACAAUACUACAUAAGCAAUCAUAAUGCAGGAAUAAAAUAUAUUCUCCAUCACAUUUGUUCACCAUGGUUAGGUGGUCAUAUAUAGCCAAGAAUCAAGCAAUGGUCCCAGCACAAUACAAACAAAGAAUUUGAUAUUAUUUACAAAUAACGAAAUGCUAUCAAAAACUCAAACCUCCACCCUCUACAAUUUUAUAAUGCACUAAUGCAGCACAUCCAUGCAUGUGAGCAAGACCUUUUCGAAUAGCCUCCUGGUAAAUUCUUGAGCAGAUAUGCACUUCGCUUAAACUUUCAACUUUCCUCGUGCUUUGUCAUCAUUAACCUUAAUACCAUUUUUUCUCACAAGUGCUCAGACGAGAUAACAGGGAAGAGGUUCAUUUGUUUUAGUACCACACAAAAACUCCGCCUUUUGAGAUCAAUUCUAAUUAAAAAAAUCUCAAAGAAUUUCAAUGCAGCUAACAUUGAUCUCAUUGGCUUCCCUUGUACCUCAGACAGUUAACAGAGCUUCCUGGCGUCAUCGGAGGUGGCCUCAUCGAAGAUGACAGUCAGUUUCUUGCAGAUAAGGUGCUUUUCCUUUGUAAGGAUGUCGGCCUGCAUCGCCGCUGGCUUGCUGGCGAUGUGCGUGCUCUGGUGGACGGAGCCUAGGGAGACACGAAUCUUAUGUCGGCGAGCCUUCAUGCUUGGAUGGAACACUCCUUAAGGCUGAUAAAAUCGCAAGGAGAGGUCAGAGGAGAAGAAGCACGUGGUGGACAAACACACACCGGGGAAGCACCUGACAUGGCAUCACACUAUUCUGUACACCGAUGGCCAUCUGCACAUGAAUAGGCAAGAUUGUGCGCAGCAAAAGGCGCGCCACUAUUUACCUCCAGGUCCUACAUAUCCAGUGAGUAACUCAUAUUUAAUUGUCGGGUAAGUAAAUAUGACAUGGUCAGAAGUCAUGGGCUAUGUGCUGCACAGCCAUUCCUCUAAACUGGAAGUUGGAACAGUACAAUCUGCAAUCUUGUCGUAAAGCACAUUGCGUAUUCAAUUGUUUUCAAGAACAAUAGGUUUUUUAAUCUUCCUUUCGCUCUGUGAAAAUAACCUUGCACUCAGCGGAUGAUUUGAACUACGUGUUCAGUAACAACCCUAAGUUUCAUAGGGUGACCGAGGUUUGAUGAGAUAACAUUAUACACACAUGAUCUUUAGGUAGAACAGAUAUAUGGCCUGUCCAGUUUUAUUGUCUC